GUUCAGGUGUGUCUCCAGGUGCUGUAGCAGGAAUAUUUGUUGUUUUCCUGCUGGUGAUUGUAAUUGUUGUUUUUUACUAUCGCCGCAAGAUCUCUGAACUACAAAUAAGAAUAUAUGAAAAGAAGACUGUGAUAGUGAAGAUGGGAGAUGAUGUCACACUUCACACUGAUGCUGAUAUAGAGGCAGAAGAUCAGAUCCUCUGGACAUAUGAAGCUCAAGAUGCUCGUAUCGCUGAAUUCAGAGAAGGGACCAGAGAGACAUUUGAUGGUGCUGAUGGGAGAUUCACAGACAGACUGAUGCUGGAUGAGACUGGAUCCCUGACCAUCAGAAACAUUGAAUUUGGACACGCUGGAGUCUAUAUACUACAGAUCAAGCACUGCCACAGAGGAAGUUGGCCCUCAUACAAAAGAUUCACUGUUAUGGUCAAUGAGAGGACUAUAUCAGUGAUGGAGGGAGAUGAUGUCACUCUAAAUUCUGGUACUGAAUUAAACAAAGAUAAGCAGAUAAAGUGGCUGUUUGGAGAUAUAGGCAUGAUGAAGGCUCCCAUAGCUGAAAUCAAUGGAGAGACCGGAGAGAUCUUUACAUAUGAGGGUAAGGCUGAUGGGAGAUUCAGAAACAGACUGAAGCUGGAUCAUCUGACUGGAUCUCUGACCAUCAAGAACACCAGCCCUGAACACUUUGGAUUCUAUGAACUCCAGAUCAAAGACUGCAGAGGGGUUGUAUACACGAUAUUGAUGGUUUCUGUCAGUGAGAGGACGAUAUCAGUGGACGAGGGAAAGAAUGUCACUCUAGAGACUGAUUCUGAAAUACAGAAGGAUGAUCAAAUUCUGUGGAUGUUUGGAGCUGAAGAGACUCUCAUAGCUCAAAUCAAAGGGGAGACCAGAGAGACACAUGAUGUUGCUGACGGGAGAUUCAGAAACAGACUGAAGCUGGAAGAGUCUGGAUCUCUGUCCAUCAGUAACAUCACAACUGAACACACUGGAGCCUAUAAAGCACAGAUCAUCAGCCGUGGAAGGACCUCAUACAAGAAAUUCAAGGUUGUUAUGCUUGCGGAGUAUGUGCCAGUGAAGAAGGGAGAUGAUGUUACGCUACACACUGACUAUAAAAUACAGAGAAGCGAUCAGAUACGGUGGAUGUUUGGAGAUAAAAAUCUCAUCGCUGAAAUCAAAGAAGGGACCGGAGAGAUCGCUACAUAUGAUGAUGAUCUUGAUGGGAGAUUCAGAGGCAGACUGAAGCUGGACGAGCAGACUGGAUCCCUGACCAUCACAAACUUCAGAACGGAACACACUGGACCCUAUAAAAUGAAGAUCAACAGAAGUGCUGAAAAGUCCAAAAACAAGAGUUUCGAUGUUUUUGCCAGAGCUCAUCUGCCUGUUCCUGUCAUCAGCAGAGACUGUUCUGUUCUCAGAAUCUACCAGAAUUGUUCAUUGGUGUGUUCAGUGGUGAAUGUGGGUCAUGUGACUCUCUCCUGGUACAAAGGAAACAGUUUAUUGUCCAGCAUCAGUGUGUCUGAUCUCAGCAUCAGUCUCUCUCUACCUCUGGAGGUGGAAUAUCAGGAUAACAACACCUACAGCUGUGUACUCAACAAUCCCAUCAGCAACCAGACCACACAUCUGGACAUUAGUCAGCUCUGUCACACAUGUUCAGACUACAUCCACUGUUGUGGUUCUACUGAAGUGGUGAUCCGAUUGGCUCUCUCUGCUCUGGUGGGCGUGGCUGCUUUUGCUGUGCUUGUUUAUGACAUCAGAUCCAGAAGUCUUCUACAGAAGAUGAGAGAGCAGAAAUCAACAUCAAACUCUGAUUAA